AACCGCUCUGAGAUCUCGUCAUCAAGGUUUGAGCAUUAGGCUUUAUAAAUGAAAGAAGGAUGAUAUGAUCAAAUUGUUUUGUAAGUGAAAAUUAAAAAUUAAUAUCAAAUUAAACACACAGAAUAUGUGGAAUAAGUACUGUCAUCAUCUUCUUCUUCUUCUGCUUGUCAUCUCCAUUAAUAUUGCACUGUUAGACACAGUAGGUUGUGUUGAUCCCUCCAGUUUUCCCCCAGAUUUCACUUUCGGCACUUCCUCGUCUUCGUACCAGUAUGAAGGUGCAGCAUAUGAAGGAGGGAAAGGCCUAAGUGUUUGGGACACUUUCACCCAUAAAUUCCCAGAAAAGAUAGCUGAUCGCAGUAAUGGGGAUAUUGCUACUGAUCAAUACCAUCGGUACAAGGAAGAUGUAGCCAUAAUGAAGGAUAUUGGGUUUAAUGCCUACAGAUUUUCCAUCUCUUGGCCCAGAAUCCUACCCUAUGGAAAUCUGAAGGGAGGAGUGAACUCAGAAGGCAUCAACUAUUACAACAAUCUCAUCGAUGAACUCCUAUCCUAUGGAUUGCAGCCCUUUGUGACUUUGUUUCACUGGGACCUUCCCCAAGCUCUUGAAGAUGAAUAUGGUGGUUUCCUGAGCCCCAAAAUUGUGAAGGAUUUUGCAGAUUAUGCAGAACUGUGCUUUAGAGAAUUUGGUGACAGGGUAAAGCAUUGGAUCACUUUAAAUGAGCCAAUGCAAUAUAGCUACAUGGGUUAUGCCAUCGGCGCAUUUCCCCCUGGAAGGUGCUCUAAGUUCCUGGGCCUAAACUGCAGUGCCGGUGACUCUAGCACUGAGCCCUACCUUGUUUCACACUACCAGACCCUUGCUCAUGCUGAAGCAGUCAAAAUCUAUAGAGAGAAGUACCAGGGUCAAAUUGGGGUAGCUCUAAAUUCCCUCUGGUUUAUUCCAACAUCCCAAUCAAAUGCUGACAAAGAUGCAGCAUCUCGGGCCUUAGCUUUCAUGUAUGACUGGUUCAUGGAACCGCUGAACUCUGGAAAUUACCCAGCAGUAAUGGUUAGCAAUGUGGGCGAACGUUUGCCAAAAUUUUCAAAUGGGCAAUCCUUGCUAGUUAAAGGGUCCUUUGAUUUUAUAGGGUUGAAUUAUUACACAACAUAUUAUGUAUCCAGUGCUCCUUGCCAAAGAGAAAAUCAAACUUCGUUGACAGAUGCCUGCAUAAAUGCUACCCCUGAGAGAAAUGGACUUCUCAUUGGUCCAAAGGCUGGUUCCCAAUGGCUCUACAUCUAUCCACCAGGAAUUCAAUAUCUAUUACAAUACAUUAAGGAGAAAUUUAACAAUCCAGUCAUUUACAUAACAGAAAAUGGAGUUGAUGAAAUUAAUGAUGGUAGAAAGUCACUUGAUGAUAAGAUUAGAAUAGAUUAUGUCAGUCAUCACCUUCUCUAUAUCCAAAGGGCCAUGAGGAAUGGGGUGAAGGUUAAGGGCUACUUUAUGUGGUCCUUGCUUGACAAUUUUGAGUGGAUUGAUGGAUACACUGUUCGAUUUGGACUAAUUUUUGUGGAUUUCAAGAAUGGAUUGAAAAGAUAUCAUAAACGAUCAGCUUGGUGGUUCAAAACUUUUCUCCAUCAAUGGAAUGAUCCUCAUCACUACUGAAGGAAAUUGCUGCAAAAGAGAAAUAACUUGAGGGCUCAAUUGCUUGAUCACAGUCUUUUUCAUAAAUUUGUCACUGAAAAUAAAACUAGUGUUGAGUUAACUUUUGUUUGUCAAACAUGAAUGUUAAAUUAAGCUUGCUUUGGGUUUCCAUGGGUCAAAGGACCCAAAAAAAAAUUGAAUUUUAUAUGAUUAUGAGUUUAUCAGUCUAAUGGAUG